AUGGGUAAGGAAAAUCAGUCUCUGCCUGAAUUCCUCCUUCUGGGAUUCUCCGACCUCAGGACACUCCAGGGACCCCUAUUCUGGCUGGUACUUCUGGUCUACCUGGUCACUUUGCUGGGCAACUCCCUAAUCAUUCUCCUCACACAGGCCAGUCCUACCCUGCACUCCCCCAUGUACUUCUUCCUACGCCACCUCUCAGUGGUGGAGCUGCUCUACACCACCGACAUUGUGCCCAGAACCUUGAUUGACCUGGCCUCCUUACACCCCCGGGCCAUCUCAUUCCAGGGUUGUGCAGCCCAGAUGUACAUCUUCAUUGUCCUGGGCAUCUCAGAGUGCUGCCUGCUCACAGCCAUGGCCUAUGACCGCUAUGCUGCCAUCUGCCGGCCAUUGCACUAUUCCACCCUCAUGAACUGGCGGGCUUGUGCAACCAUGGUGGGCACCUCCUGGCUUAUGGGCAUCAUCACAGCCACCACUCAUUCUUCCCUUAUCUUCACUUUGCCUUUUCCCAGCCACCCAGUUAUCCCACACUUCCUCUGCGACAUCCUGCCAGUCCUAAGGCUGGCAAGUGCUGGGAAGCACAGGAGUGAGAUUUCUGUUAUGACAGCCACUGUCGUCUUCAUCAUGAUCCCUUUCUCUCUGAUUGUCACCUCAUAUGCCCGAAUCUUGAGUGCCAUCCUGGCAAUGGCCUCCACCCAGAGCCGCCGAAAGGUCUUCUCAACCUGCUCCUCACACCUUCUUGUGGUCUUCCUCUUCUUUGGAACAGCCAGCAUCACCUACAUCCAGCCCCACGCAGGUUCCUCUGUCAUCACAGACCGCAUCCUCAGUCUUUUCUAUACAGUCGUCACACCCAUGCUCAACCCCAUCAUAUACACACUCCGGAACAAGGAGGUGACAGGGGCACUGAGGCAUUUAGUGAAAAGGCAGAUCUCUUCGCCCUAA